CAAACCACACAGGAACUUCAGUUUGUCUUUUUCUCAGAAAAGCUACAGCACAACUAUUUUUUGAAACCCUUAGAGUGGCUCACAAAACUAAUGUUUGAAACUGUGCUAAAAGGUGAAAAAUGUGGCUGAGAUUUCAGUGAUGGUACAUUCCUAAGGGAAAGAAUGUGUAGAGAAAGUUAGGUUACAGGUAGGGUCUCGGUGACUGUGAGGGUAUCAGUAGGGUCUCGGUGACUGUGAGGGUAUCAGUAGGGUCUCGGUGACUGUGAGGGUAUCAGUAGGGUCUCGGUGACUGAGGGUAUCAGUAGGGUAUCGGUGACUGUGAGGGUAUCAGUAGGGUAUCGGUGACUGUGAAGGUAUCAGUAGGGUAUCGGUGACUGUGAAGGUAUCAGUAGGGUAUCGGUAACUGAGGGUAUCAGUAGGGUAUCGGUGACUGUGAAGGGUAUCAGUAGGGUAUCGGUGACUGUGAGGGUAUCAGUACGGUAUCGGUAACUGAGGGUAUCAGUAGGGUAUCGGUGACUGUGAAGGUAUCAGUAGGGUAUCGGUAACUGUAUCUAAUGACUAAGGAGUGUAUUUUACCCAACUCCAGAGGGAUGCCAAACGAUAUAAAUUAUCCUUAUUGAUGGUGAGGAUCAUAUGAACCCCCCAACAGUGAGUGCAGUAAUGAUCUAGAUAGGCUAAUGUUACGUCCUCAUUAACUCCUGGGCUUUUUCUGAGCUGGUGUCAGGCUAUAGUGUCCGUUCUUUUUAGUGAUUUCAGAAUUUUCAAGCCCACGUUGUUUACAAACAGAUAUGCAGCUCAGCCACUGGCUGAUUUCACUCGGUUAUUGGCUCAUUUCGCCAGUAGGUUUUAGCAAACACUGCCAGGAAACUAACACUGCACUGUAAUAAACCCCGCCGACUUUUAUAGUAGAUCACCUGUGGCUUGAAUUUUACACUAAAAGCACAGUCGAUCUAAAGUCUUUGAUGCAAACAGACAUUGCUGAUUGUCUUAAUGUUACCAGCCUAGUCACUUCAUAACUUCAUCUCGUAGCUUUUAGCUGAAGAACAGUGAAUUUAUGAAGAGUUAGUCAGCUGAUAUAAAACCUGAUUAAUCCACUAAACAAUGUUAUUCUAUGAAAUCUAAACCAUUAGAUCUAUGAAGUAAGCUUAAUGUGGAUGUUUAUCCACACUCUCACUGCAGUGCUUCUUAUCUAGGGCUGCAUCCUAAUAGUUAAAUAAAACUUUGUUUUGAAUCAGGUUUCCAUGAUUUUGCUUUGAUCUUUGAUCUUGUUAGUCAUGUUAAUCCACUUACAAGUGAGUUGUUGUACUUAAUGAGUCAGCCAUGAAAAGUGGAUUCAUUCAGUUAGUCAAAACUAACUGUCAAAGUGGUGGAUCAGCCAUAAGAUGCUGCAUCACAACAUCACAUGGUGGAUUUCAGUCUUUCACACAGCAGGUCAGUCAGAUAGAGGCUCAACACUGAGAGACCACAGCUGAUCAGAUUCCUCUUCUUUUAUGUUUUUCAGUCACAGAAUUUUGACCAGGCUUAUGCACUAGAGCAAAACAGAUCAGUAAAGAUGUCCUGUGUUAAAGUGGAAUGUGAGGAUAUCAGCGUCAUGCUCGUGUCUGGAGUGAAGACUGAAGAUGAGGAAGUAGAGAAAGGAACAGUUUUAAAAGAAGACAUUAAAGAGGAGUUCAAAGUGGAAGUGAAGCCAUUUGAGGAAGAAUGUGCUGCACAGAAAACUGACCAAACUACUCAGCAUGAAAGAAGCUCCAGUGAUUCCUCCCAACAGGAAGAUCACCUGAGAGUUCAUACUGGAGAAGAAGCUUUCAGCUGUUCACAGUGUGGGAAGAGCUUCACCUCUCAGAGAGCUAUGAAACAUCACAUGGACGCCCAUGAAGGAAAGAGACCUCAUCAGUGCUCUCAAUGUGAAAAGAGUUUCAGAAGUGCGUCAUAUUUAAGACAACAUGAAAUAAUUCAUACUGGAGCCUGCACCCAGUGUGGGAGAAGUUUUGUAUGUUUCGCAUAGUUAAAAGCACACCAAAGGAUUCACACUGGAGAAAGGCCUUUGUCUGUUCUGAGUGUGGAAAAACAUUUAGAAUAAGAAGAAACUUGACAUUCCACCUGAUGAUUCAUACUGGAGAAAAGGACUUUACCUCCUCUCAGUGUGACAAGACGUAUAAGAGGAAGAAAGCCUUUGACAAUCACAUGAUGGUUCACACAUAAUGAAGCUUCUACCUGUAAUUAGUGUGGAGAGAGACUCCCAGCCCUGUCCAGCAUGAGGGUCCAAAACAGAGAAGAAUCUUUGGAUUAAGUGGUAGAGAAGGGCUUGAUCAUGGACACUCUGAAAUUGUCAUAUUACCACUUAUAUAUUCGGUUCAGAGUUUGCCUUUUUAAUCAGGUAUCUGUAUGAGGAAAUGUGUGUUUUGGAAUAAGUCAUGUUUUAUCAUGUUAUUUUUGAAGAAAUAUUUGACUACAAAAACAAAAAUAUCUGUAUGUAAAAAUUGAAACUGCAGCCUUACGAAGAUGUGAUGCUGCUCUACAU